GCCAGUUAAGCCAGGCCCUAAAGUACCUAGCAUUGAGAGAAUGUUCAAAACUAACCCUGAUGGUGGAAGGAUCAAAGGUUUAUACAGGCUUCUUUUCUCUCAGGCCGAACCAGCGGGAUCCAGCAGAGUAGUAGGCUUUGAAAGUAAAUCCUCGGUUUUCUCUUCUCUGAAUAUUUCAGCCAUAUCGAGAUUCGAACUUGGGACUUAAGGUUCAAACCCUGGAAUUAAACACCUUUUGUAGCUUCGUUCAACGAAUCGGCAUCAAAUAUGGACAUACACGUUCGAAUUCAAAAUUGAUGAAGAUGCAAAACGGAGGAUCAGAAAAUAGCAACCAAAUGAGAUCAAAUUCCCUCUUCCAGUUUGAUCUACAUUGGUGGCUAUUAUUGCAUUCUUGCCAACAAAACGUAAGGGAGCUAUUGGGUCACUUGAUUACAGUAAGGAAGAAAGGAGUGCUCUUGCCAUUAAGUCCCAGGUUCAUCCAUCAAAGUUUGGGAACUCAGAGCGACAGAAACUAAUGAGGUCUGAAUAUGGACAGUUGUCUCGCUAUUAUAAGCAGAAGCAAUGGAUAUAACACAAGAAGCCUUCAAACUUGAAUAUGGACAGAUGUCUCGCUAUUAUAAGCAGAAGCAAUGGAUAUAACACAAGAAGCCUCCAAACUUGAAUGCAAUACACUCCCAAGUGCCUGUAUUGGAUUCACACCAAAAAACUCGAACCUAACACCCUCCAAACUUACCAAAAUAGAGGCAAACUAUUAUGUUUUUUUUUGUUAGAGAUAGCAGCUCUGGAAAUGACUGUUGUAAGAAUGUAUGGAUUAAAUAACUUGGGAGUUCUAUAUUAUUAGUCUUUCCUUGGUCAACUAGGUAAACUUCUUAUGUCUCUAUUAAAUACAUGGAUAUUAUAGCGUUCUGAACUAUUUACAUCUACUUCAUUAAUUGCUGAAUGACAUAUCUAUAGGUUAAUAACAUCAUUCAGAUUUGUUACGACCUGGCAAAUUUUUCAAGGAAAAUAGUUUUCUAGCUAAAUAAGGGCACAGUUACAACCAACUUAGCUGUACAAGUUUUCAAUAAGGAUCAUGCACAAGUAAUCACUGAUGGACGAUUCGAGUGAGUUGAGAGUAAUUCCACAUAGCAAGAGAAAAUCACCUCAAUUUUACGUAGUAAGACUAAUAGUAACUAUGUAUACUUGACGGCUGAAUAUACCCUUCUUAAUCUUAUGCAGACACUAUCACUAGAAAAUAAUAUAACAUAAGAGGUUUUAAGAAAGUUUUGACUUUGUUUCAUAUCAUCUAUCCACAAACCGUACCAGCAUUAUGGAUUGGAUUAUAUGUAUUAAAUAAUUAAUUUAUUGAGUGAAAAUAAAAUUCUAUAUUUUGAAAUGAAACAAUUAGAUUUCAGAAUCUAAAAAAAAUUAAAGUAUAAACAUAUGACUAUUCAUUCCACAAAUCGUAGCGAUAUUAGGGAUUGGAUUAUAUGUAAUAAAUAAUUAAUUUGUUUUUAACUAUUUAUUCUGCUUUAAUGCCCUGUUUUAGUGUUUAUUACUCUGCUGUUCUGUUUUAAUAGACUAAACAUUUACAUAAGAAAAUAAACUACAAAAAUGAAUUUUCUGAGCUAUUAGUUAUAGAAUAUGAAUCAAUAUAAAUCAACACCCAAAAAUUAUUACAUUUUUAAUAAAUCAAAUUAAGAAAAUACUCCCCUAAAAAUAAUUCACAAGCACGGAAAUUCUAAGGCCUAGACCGCAUGUGAAAUUCCUUACAUCUGUGAGCACCCAUUGCUAAACACGAUGUAGUUAUCUCCUGCUCAUUAAACUUUGUCAGACAAUGAAAUACGCUACAACCUUCAUUAUUAGGAGUCAGGACAAUUUGUAUAUGACAGAUGAAAGAUAAACCUGCACUAAUAAUGCUGUCAGUUAGUUUAAAAAAUUUAGAGUUGCCCAACUCAAUUCCAUCAGUGUUUCGAUUGUCUUCAGGUGAGCUAAUUUUGAUGGCAUGGGCUGUAAUACUUUGUAAUACUUUUUAUGUAUUGUUUAGUUAUUUAAAACAGAAAUAAAACAGAGAACGAAUAAUCAAGAAAACUGAACAAACAAAAAUAAAACCAGAACAAUAAUCAAGAAAACAGAACAAUCAUUGAGCUUCAUGCUAUGCUAAUUUGCUUAGUAAAAGCUGAAAGAACAGGAUGGAGUCAGAAUAGCAUUUGCCAAUUCCAUUCCAAUGAAUUGUAGGUGUAUCAGAUCAAAAUGCAUGUUGAAAAAGCUUACAAGCAAGUGCAACUGGGAGGUGUAAGGCCAAACUCCACAACUUUUGUCAAUGUUAAUAAUAUAAGGCAGCCUGUUCAUAAAAACUGCGGUGGAGGUGAUAUGUGCUAUUCAGAAUCUAGAUAUAUAGACCAGACUGAUGUAAGUAGUUGUCAGAUUCAGUCCAAUAUGCCAUGUACUUGAGCUGCCCAAGAAAUUGCACUUGACAUAACAGUUUUUGGAGCAGGCUUAAUUGAUCACCAUUCUUGAAUCUUGUAUGGGUUGUGUAGUGUCUUAGCUAUGGCUUACAGAUCACUUGGUUUUUAGCCAAAUAGUUACUAAUAUGCAACUUGUAAUUGUUACUAGUAGAAAAACUUUUGUGUUGUAGAGUAUGAUGAGCUUAGGCAUUGACAAUGCAAUUUUGCUUUUGCUUUUCAGGGUGCCCAUUGCGUGUGGCAUUUUCCCAGCUUUUGCAUGCUUAUACUUAAGGUUGGAGAUUUUGGACUGGCAAAGCUUGCUUCUGAUGGCUUUACUCACAUCUCCACAAUCCCCUUUCUUCUUACAAAUCACAGGGAAAAACCAACGGGCAAUGAUGGAUUGGCAACAUAGGAUGAAGAUUGCAAUAGGAGCAGCCCAUGGACUUGCUUCUCUACAUGAAGAUUGCUAUCCCAGGAUUAUUCAUCGUGGCAUCAAAUCAUCCAAUAUUCUUCUACAUUUUAACCUUGAACCUAUGAUUGCAAAUUUUGGACUUGCAAAGCUUGCUUUUGAUAGCUUUACUAAUGUCUCUACAACGCUUAUUGGAACUUUUGGGUAUUUGGCUCUUGAAUAUGCUUCAAGUCGUAAAUUGAUAGACAAAUCAUAUGUUUUUUCUUUUGGUGGCAUGCUCCUUGAGUUGAUUACUGGUCUUAGGGAAGUAGAUUCACCUGCAUCAUUUACUAAAGGAAGUCUAGUAGAUUGGGCUCAACCCACCCUUACUCGAGCACUUGAAGAUGACAAUGUUGAUGAACAUGUUGAUUGCCAAUUGCAGAACUAAAAUUCAAAUAAGAUGAUGCAACCUCUUCUGUUCAACAUUCUGCAAGAAGAUACCCUCGUAUGGCACAGUUUGAUCUACAUUGGUGGCUAUUAUUGCAUUCUUGCCAACAAAACGUAAGGGAGCUAUUGGGUCACUUGAUUACAGUAAGGAAGAGAGGAGUGCUCUUGCCAUUAAGUCCCGGGUUCAUCCAUCAAAGUUUGGGAACUCGGAGCGAGAGUAACUAAUGAGAUUCAUGAAUAUAUGUUGAAGAAGGCGACUCUUGCACCUGAACUUAGUCCUAUGACUGACAACCAAGAUGCCUCACAACCUGUAACAACUGAGGUUGAAGACCAGGCAAAUGCAAUUACCAUGACAUCUAUAGAAUAUUUGCAAGGAGAAGAGAUGAUUGGGGAUUUACAUGAAUCACAUUUGAAUCUUGAUAUAACUUCCCCAAUAGCAAGAACUGGUGCAGAGUUGAGACCACACACAGAGCCAAUAGUUAGAUAAGCUACAUAACUAGGAGUUCCAAAUGCACAUGUAGCAAACAUGGAUCAUGAAAUGAGGAAUAACCUAAUAAUUAAUAGACAACAUACAUAUACUGAUGAUAGAGGUCUAACGUUAUUAGCUUUUGGCUUUCCUGUGGCUAUAUAAUGGCUUUUAAAAAUGAGGGAUUUAAUUUCAAUAGAAAUGCUCCAAUUAAACUA